CCACCCAUAGGAGCAAUUGCCUCGGCAGCUGACAAAUGAUGCGCACCCUUCUGCAGAAGUUUGGCUGCCACGUAAGGGAUUUUAGCAGUUAAAGCUUUUUAAUUUAGAGUUUUCCUCUAGCCUAUUUGUGUAUAUUUUGCGAAAGCUUUAACAAUUGUCUUCAAACAUGAUGCUGUUUACUCUUUGUUCCUUAUUGCCAUCACUGUUUGUUUUUGUAACUGGAGGGAAACUCCCAGAAGCCGAUGUGAAAAUUGAGGUGAUACACAAACCUUUCAUGUGUCACCGAAAAUCAAAGUAUGGAGACAUGCUUCUUGUUCAUUACGAGGGAUUCCUGGAGAGCAAUGGCACUAUGUUCCAUUCCAGCCGCAAACAUGGGGACACAAAUCCAGUCUGGUUCACUCUUGGGAUCCGAGAGGUGCUUAAAGGUUGGGACAAGGGUCUGCAGAAUAUGUGUGCUGGAGAGCGCAGGAAGCUGACUGUCCCUCCAUCACUGGCAUACGGAAAGGAAGGUCAAGGUAAAAUUCCUCCGAGCAGCACCCUGAUAUUUGACAUCGAGCUCAUGGAGAUCCAGAACGGUCCCAGGUCCCACGAGACUUUCCGGGACAUGGAUCUCAAUGACGACUGGAAACUCUCCAGGCAGGAGGUGAAGCAUUUCUUGAAGAAGGAAUUUGAGAAACACGGUUACUCGCCCAAUGACACACAUCAUGAAGUGAUGGUUGAGGACAUCUUCAAAAAUGAGGAUGAGGACAAAGACGGCUUUAUAUCAGUGAGGGAAUUCACCUCCAUACAUGAUGAACUCUGAAUCAUGGAUUCAACUUUUAGUUUAUUUUUUUUGUAGAUCAUCUUUGAAACUUUCAUAAUUUUAAAACUACAUUUGACCAUUAUUGUCAGAUGUUUUGUUUCAUGUUUUUACCUAGAAGUUUUAUGUUUUAUGUUAAUUUGUACUUUUCAUAACUUAUUUCCCCUUGGACACGCAUAUAUAAAUGUCAUCGUUCUUGUUGCUUUAAGAUGAUUAAACAAUUUUUUAUGAAAUAAACUACUUUUUUCAAUGAUUUUUUAGUAACUUGUCCCAGUCUGUAAUAAUGCAGGAUAACUGGUCUCUUCCACGCAUAUCUGCCACUAGAGGGCACUCUUGCCUUUUCUGCUUACAAAUUGCUUUCAUCUUUUUAAAUCCUCCCCAACAGUAAAAAAUGCACAAUCUAUGCUCCCCCACAGUAGCUGACUGACCUAUAUAUUUUUUCAUCAAAUUGAGAGUAAAGUCACGUAAAGCAUCACUUGUUAUCGGAACCAUAUAUUAUGCAUGUUGGAGUACUGGGAGUUGAAGACGUUUGAAAUUGUAUUUGGUUUCAAUCUCCAUGUUAAAGAUUAUGUUUUCUCAUGUAUUCCUUUGAUGCAUUUCGAUUUAAACUACCACAAAAUGCAUAUUUGAACCGCUUGCAAAAUAAAGACUUUCGACAUUUA